AUGAGCGGUUUGAAGAGCAAAGUGACGUCGCUAGAAGAGACGAUAGAGGCCUCAGAGGUGCGUGUCAAGACGCUAGAAACAAAGAUUGCUGUACUUUCUCUUUUCUCUGUUGAAAUGUGGCCCGCCGUGCGGAUCCGCAAGACGUUCAUGGACUUUUUCAAGUCACAGACGAAACUGCCCCAUACAUUCUACAAGUCAUGUCCCGUCGUGCCAUUGGACGAUCCGACGUUGUUGUUUAUUAAUGCGGGUAUGAACCAGUACAAACCCAUUUUCCUGGGCCAAGUGGACCCGUCACAUCCCAUGGCGAAGCUCGAGCGAGCUUGCAACUCGCAGAAAUGCAUUCGUGCUGGUGGAAAACACAACGAUCUGGAUGACGUGGGCAAGGACGUGUAUCAUCAUACAUUCUUUGAGAUGUUGGGCAACUGGAGCUUUGGUAACUAUUUCAAGAAGGAGACAGUGCACAUGAGCUUUACGCUCUUGACGGAAGUGUACGGAAUUGACAAGAAUCGACUGUACGCCACGUACUUUGGUGGAGACGAGAAGCAAGGCCUUUUGUCGGACGAAGAGACGCGUCUCAUUUGGCUUGACUACUUGCCUCCUGAGAGAGUGCUACCUUUUGACUGCAAGGACAAUUUCUGGGAGAUGGGAGAUGUUGGCCCGUGCGGACCUUGCACGGAGAUCCACUAUGAUAGAAUUGGUAACAGGGAUGCUGCUAGUCUGGUAAAUGCAGACGUGCCUGAUGUGAUCGAGAUCUGGAACAAUGUGUUUAUCCAGUAUAACCGUGAACAGGAUGGUAAACUUGUGCAGCUCCCACACAAGCACGUGGAUACAGGCAUGGGAUUUGAACGUCUUGCGUCGAUUUUGCAAGGUAAAGAUUCAAACUACGAUACGGACGUGUUUACUCCGCUCUUUGCAGCUAUUCAGAAGUCAACAAACGCGGCGCCGUACACGGGCAAGUUGGGCGAAGAAGACCUGGACAAGAAGGACAUGGCCUAUCGUGUUGUGGCCGACCAUGUGCGAACGCUGACGUUUGCUAUUACGGACGGUGCAGUGCCUAGCAAUGACGGGCGUGGAUAUGUGCUGCGUCGUAUCCUACGUCGUGCAGUGCGUUACGGGCAGCAGUUCCUGAACGCGCCGAGUGGCUUCCUCUCGGAGUUGGUGCCGGUUGUGGUAGACAUGCUGGGAGAAGCUUACCCGGAGCUUAUUCAGAAGCAGAAGGAAGUGGAGGAGAUCAUUUUGGACGAGGAGAAGUCGUUCGGUCGCACUUUGAAUAAGGGCAUUGAGCGUUUCAAGAAGAUUGCGCAGGUUAUCCGUGAGACUAACGCGGGUUCGAAUGAGGCCCUCGUCGUGCCUGGCGAGGACGCGUUCUUUCUGUACGACUCAAUGGGUUUCCCUAUCGAUCUGACGGAGAUUAUGGCUGAGGAGGAGGGCAUGACGGUGGACAUUAAGGGCUACGAAGAGUGCAUGCGUCUGCAGAGCGAGCGAUCCAAGAUGGACCGUAGGAAGGGUGGUUGCAAUGGUGCGCGUCCGCUUGUCCUAGAGGCCCGUGAGACCAGCACACUUGCUAGUAAGCAUAUCGGUGCCACGGAUGACAUGGCCAAGUAUGACUGGAAUGUCAAGACGCCAGCUAAGGUAGUAGCUAUCUUUACGACAACAGAAUCCAGCUCGGACUUUGUAGAGGAGGUGAAGGCUGGUGCUUUCGAACGUGUAGGUGUCAUUCUGGACAAGACUUCGUUCUACGCGCAGGCUGGUGGUCAGAUUUAUGACACGGGUGUAGUGGGAGGUACCAGCUUCAAGCUGGAUGUGGACUCGGUGGAGUCGUACGCUGGAUACGUGAUGCACAUGGGACCCAUCACUUCCGGAUCGAUCAAGGUUGGCGACGUCGUGGAAUGUCAGGUGGAUUAUGUCCGCCGUGCCAAGAUCGCUCCUAACCACACCAUGACGCACGUGCUUAACUUUGCGCUGCGCAAGGUGCUGGGUACGACCGUGGAUCAACGUGGAUCGCUAGUGGACGAAUCGCGUCUGCGUUUUGACUUCACAAACAGCAAGGCGCUGAGGGCUCACCAGCUUGCGGACGUGGAGGCUAUUUGCGACGAUAUCAUCAAGCAGCAGCUCGAGGUGUACACACAGGACUCCGCACAGGCUGAAGCCAAGCGUAUCCAAGGUUUGCGCGCCGUGUUCGGUGAGACGUACCCGGACUUUGUCCGCGUUGUUUCGAUCGGGCAGCCAAUCGCUCCUAUGCUCGAGGACCCGGAGAACAGCAAGUGGAGCAAUUAUUCGGUGGAGUUCUGCGGUGGCACCCACCUAAAGAAUACUAAGGAGGCCAAGAAAUUUGUUUUGUACGAGGAGGGUGCCAUUGCGAAGGGUAUCCGUCGUGUAUCAGCCUACACGUGCGACCUCGCCGUUGAGGCUGAGGCGCGUGGUACCAAGUUGCAAGCUGAUCUUGAUGCUAUUGCCAAGCUGGGCGGCAUCGAGCUCGUGGAGCACGUGUCUUCAUUCAAGCCGGUAUUGGACCAGGCCUUGAUCUCGCUACCGCUGAAGGACAAGCUUCGAAAGCAGGUGGACAGUCUCGUGAGCCGCGUCAAAAAGAUUAAGAAAGAAGCUGCGGCUGCUCGUGCUGCGAACGGUGUCCGUGACGCUACUGCCGAGGCCACGAAGGCUAAGGAGGCUGGCCAAGAGAUUGUUGUGGUGAAGUUCGACGUUGGCACGGACUCAAAACUCGGCCGGGAGAUGUUGGAGGCCAUGAGCACAGUCAUUCCGACGGGCAGCUUCAUGAUCUUCAGUACGGACUCGGACGCGAACAAGACGGCAGCCUUCACGCAGGUGAGUCAGCAGCACACUGACUCGAAGCAGCUAGACGCGCGUAAGUGGGUGAACCACGCCAUGGUCGUGAUGAAAGGCAAGGGUGGCGGCAAGGACGCACUAAAUGCUACGGGUCAGGCCAAGACUAUGGAAAAGGUGGACGAGGCUAUGGCACUCGCCAAGGCUUUCAUUCAGUAA